CUUGUCAGGCCUACAUUCUGUUUCAUUAGUUAUACACUAUUUUACAAGUUUUAAUAUUUCAAUUUAUUAGUUUUGUAAAACUUUUACUUCGCUCUUAAGUCAUGUCAAACACUUCGAGUCCCAUAAAGAUCGAGGCGUUAUCGCGGUUCUCAUCGCUGCCACUCGUCAACUCUGCCAUAGGGUUAGCCACCGAUGGAUAUUCACGAUUCAAGAGUUACAACAAGUUAUUGUCGGCGACGCUCUCCAAAGCCGAACAGUCUAUCCUCUUCAUGGCGUCAACGGCUAAGCCUAUCGUUCAGAAGCUCGAAAAGCCUAUCUCAUACGCCGAUAACAUCGCCUGUCAAGGACUGGACAAACUCGAAGAAAAAGUACCGGCGCUCAAGAAAUCUACUGAUGAGGUAAAAGUUGAUCUUCAGAUAAGAGAUGAAACUAAGAAACUAUUCGAAGGAAGUGUCGGACGCAUUGAAGGGGUGCGGAAGUACAGCACCGAUACCCUACAUGGGAUCAGAGAUUACGGCUUCACUAAAGUAAAUGGUAUACUGGACUCGCCGUACAUCCGUGUCUUCGUUAAAUCCAUUGACACCGCCAUCGACUUGACCCACAACGCUGUCGACCACUACCUGCCCGCUGCUCCCAAUGAAAAGCCAACCGAUAAAUCGGAGGGUCAGACGCUUGUGGUGCGGAUGUCACACCUGUCCGACAAAAUGCGGCGCCGAAUGUACGACCAGUUGACUACCAGAUGGAUCCCAAAUGUCUUAUUCACCGCCAACUCGUUUAAACUAAAUGUUCUCAAUUGGGUUCAUCACAACGGGAUUACGAGUCAACAAUCGACACAAUGA